CGUUUGCAAACACUGGAUAACAUUCCGUGUUUCUUCCCUCAAAAUUCUAUAGAUAAUUGAAAUAUUUCUUAACAUCAAUACCGUUUUUCCUUUACAAUUUUUAUAAUAAAAAUUCACUAUUAUAUUUGUAUAAGCAGCGUAACUAAUAAGUUUGUUGUAUGUUGUUUUUGUUCGUAAACAAAAGAAUUGCGAAUUGAGAUUGUGAAAUACAUUCUUAAAUAAGAAGAAUAAGAACUAUUCGUCCAUCGUCGCGUGUUUACAUUGAUUAUAAGACAUUCUUGCAAGAGUCUUGUGCAGUUAAAAUUUAAACCAUGUUUGGUGGAACGAAGCCCACAUUUGGUGCCACCACUACGGGAACAGGUUUUGGUACGUUUAAUAAUGCAACCACAACGUCGCCCUUUGGUCAGCCGGCUUUUGGCAAACCUAAUACCACAGGUUUCGGAGCAGCCCCCAGCAACUUUGGUGGCCAGCCGACCACGUCGUCUUUAUUUGGUUCAACAGCGAGUCAACCACAAGCGGGCAGUUUAUUUGGUGCAUCUAAUACUUCCACUGGUUUUGGUAGCACUACAACCACAUCAUCGUUUGGAGCUUUUACCCAACCUCAGCAAAAUGCUUCGAUAUUCGGUGCAGCUCAACCAACAACUAGUACACAAUCACUUUUCGGGCAAGCGGGUACUUCAGCUUUUGGAUCGGCCAUUAAACCUGGUGGUUUCGGGCCGACGGCAACGCAAGCGACUCCCUCACUUUUUGGCCAACAGGCUACGCCAUCAACAAGUUUUGGCGCUUUUGGACAGACGGCUGUCACUGCGCCCAAUGUAUUUGGUGCCACUCAAACAUCAGCAUUCGGUCAGCCUGGCAAUGCGGCCAGUAAUCCUGGUACUUCCAUAGCCAAAUAUCAGGCCACUAUGGGCACAGAUACUUUAAUGAAGGGCGGCCAAUCCAACAAUAUUAAUACCAAAUUGCAUUGUAUUACCGGAAUGAAGGAGUAUGAGGGUAAAUCCUUGGAAGAACUACGUAUGGAAGAUUAUUUAGCCAACCGUAAAGGGCCACAAGCCGGUACUUCAGGAGCAACAGGCUUCGGCUUGGGCUCCUCGGCCGGUACUGGUUUAUUCGGUUCAACAGCUCAGCCGUCAACCGGAUUGUUUGGUCAAACAACUGCUAACGCUAAUGAAAACAAAAGUUUAUUUGGUCCUAUCGGUGGGGGAUUUGGUCAACCAGCUAGCACAGGAUUUGGAGUAACUGCUAAUCAACAACAAAGUAGUUUCCUGGCAAAGCCAUUCGGAUCUGCAACCACAACCGGAUUCGGUAGUACAAGUACAGAUGCUAAUAAUCCAUUCGCUGCGAAAACUGCUUUUGGACAAACCGCCGCACCAUCGUUGUUCGGUCAAAGUACCGCCGCUAGCGCAGUUCCAGCUUUUGGUCAGGCUAACACUGGUUUUGGAAGUUUCGGUAACACUGCUAAUACGCAGCAGCAACAGCCUUCAUUAUUUGGACAAACUGCUGCUGACGCAAAUAAACCAACUUUUGGUCUAGGCGCAGGUACUGCGACUAAUACAGGAUUCGGCAAUUUUGGCACCACGGCAACUAAUACGGCUGGCGGAGGAUUAUUUGGUUCGAAACCAGGUGCAGCUUUCGGCGGUAACACUGGUUUUGGAACUACUACGCCGGCGAACACUGGCUUCGGUAAUUUUUCUUUGAACAAUGCAACGACGAGUGCUGGAGGUCUCUUCAACAAAACUCCCGGCUUUGGUGGAUUUGGUACUCAAACUUCUCAAGCAGCUCCCUUAAAUUUCAAUACCGGCACAGGUAGUAAUUCUUUAUUCGGAAACAAUCCAGCAAAGCCAGGUGGGCUGUUUGGUUCUUCUCUAGGAACUACGACAAAUAACCCUGGGGGGGGUUUAUUUGGCGGUACAGGCAGUAACGCUUUCGGCACUACGGGUACAUUGGGAUCAGCUUUUGGCGGUGGUUCUCUUGGCGGCACUAAUGCCCAUUUAGGCGGAUUAAAUAGUGGCAUGCAGCAACAACAAAUACCUAUACAUCAACAAAUUCUUUCCAAAGUAACUUCACCGUAUGGCGACAAUCCUAUAUUUAAAGAUUUGCAAAGAAACGAUGAAGUUGACGCCACUCGAGCGACAAAUCCGGCAGCACAAAAAGCAAUCCUGGAAAGUAGCUUCAGCGCUAGUCAACAAUUCAGAGUGUCAACAAAGGCGAGUCCAGCUACAGUGAAACUUAAGCCACUGGGUUCACCGUUAACGAAAAAGUGUUUAUUCGACGGUUUGGAAGAGCUUGAUGCCAACGCAGAAAGCUUCCAAUUAAAGCCGAAUCCAAAACGUUUAAUAUUAAAAAACAAAACGAGCAACACGUCCUUCAAUGCAGACACAAGCGUUUCGGAAACUGGCCCUGCGACAAUAAUCAAUGGAUCACGCAACGAAUCUUUUUCAGGUGAGACAGCUGCAGAAUCCACAAGAACCAAAGUCUCCGGACUACCAUCAAGAGGCGACGCUAAUUCUAAUAGUGGUACAUUGGCGGCCGUUGCAACAACUUCGGAAACGACUGGUCGCCGCGAAUCAUGGCUGCAUCCUCAUAACUUGGAGAAAGUGCGCCAGCAUAAUUUAAAUGCUGGCAUUGAACCAGGCAUAUCGCCCAACAGUACAUUGAAUGAACUUGUGCCUCGCAAGCCUUUAGAAACUUAUCGUCCUUUAGGCAAUAUAGCAAUUGUUGGGCGACCGUCUGUUUCCACCGUAGUUGAAAAUCCUUUCGAGGAUCAAAGUAACACAAGCCUGUUAUCGAACCGUGACCAAAGUGAUGUCAACGCCAACAGUAGCAUCUUUUCCAGUCGUUCGCUGACAACUGAGGAUAAAUCCACAAGCAUUGAUGAAUCAGGUUUAGCAGAGUAUGAAGAACAUCCUACUGGCAUUAUAUUAAGACGAAAGGGUUAUUACGUCAUACCCUCUUUGGACGAUUUAAAAUCUUAUUUAGCAGAAGAUGGUUCGUGCAUAGUACCGAAUUUCACUGUGGGCCGUGAGGGUUACGGCAACGUAUACUUCGGCAAGGAAAUGGAUGUGGCAGGCUUAAAUUUAGAUGAAAUUGUUCAUUUCCGUGAUAAGCAAAUCAUUAUUUAUCCGGACGAUAACAAUAAGCCGCCUGUAGGUCAGGGCUUGAAUCGCGAGGCUCAAGUUACUCUCGACCAAGUAUGGCCACUGGAUAAAUGUACGCAUGAGCGUAUAAAGGAUCCUCAACGUUUAACCGAGAUGGACUGGGACGGAAAGCUACGACGAGUAUGCGACAAAAAUGAGACACGUUUCGUUGAGUACCGUCCUGAAACGGGCAGUUGGGUAUUUCGAGUAAAACAUUUUUCCAAAUAUGGCUUAAAUGAUAGCGACGAAGACGACGAUGUGCCUAGCGAUGCGAAAAAAGCCAAAGUGGCGGCAGACGCGACCACAGCGAAGCCACCUGCCAACGCAGCAGACAAAAUGACUUUGGCUGCCUUGAAAAAUGCACAAAAAAUUUCUGAAGACGCUGCCCGUGCUUUGGAUCCUAAAACUUUAACGGCUGGUUUUUAUCCCUUAGACGAGUCUGCCGAAUUCAUGCUUAUGGAUAAAGCUCAAUUUUUUGAAAAUAACAGCAACAAUCACUCCAUGUUUGAGCGUGCAGUACCUAACAGUCCUGUAGCUAAUAUGAUAAAAGAUGCAGGCAUCGAUGCUCAUAAGUUGCAGCUAAUGAAAGCUUCAUUCUUCAUCAACGACGAUGUAGAAAAUAAUUCGGUUUCCGAUUAUGACAUCCCCGACGAAUAUGAUCACGAUUUACCAUCAGCUUCUAAUACUUAUGGUGGAAAGAAAGCUUUCGAGUGGAAUGGAGCCUCAUCAUUGUGGAAAGAUGUAGUAACUGGUGACGUGGUCGGUAGCGGUGCUGGUAUGUCAGAUGUUUCGAGUCCAGAUUUCGGCUUGACGGACGCUUCCCCUCAUUUACUCAUCUCAUCUCCCGCCUCCAUUGCAAGCAAUAAGCAAACAAGGAAAAUCUCUCAACAUAAGGACGAUGAUAACUAUAAAAGGAUUUUUACUCAAGAACUUCCCCCGUUUAUCGUUAAACCGAAGGUAGCCCCAGUAAGGAGUUUGGCUUGCCAAGUACCGUUGCACAGGUCAAUCGCUUAUCCUUUACGUUUUAAGUGGGCUGCAGAUUUAGGUCUUUACAACAGUUGCCGCUUCAAAAUCGGCUUUGGCCCUCAACAAACCUUAAUAGUACCGACUACUCACAGUAACAUAACGCGUGAGGUGAAACCGAACAGUAAUUUGGACGAUGUCGCUGUCCAGUUAUUUAAAACCCGUUCAAUCGAUGAUUACUCUACUACUGUCUUACAGCAUAUAAAAGUAUCGUCAACUUUGCAUUAUGAAAAUUUCAAAGAGACUAUAGUUGAACACUUAAACAUACAAUUGCGUAAUUCCCAGCAACAGGAGGUUGUAGGCAGUGAAUGUCCUUACAUUAAAUCGGAUGGAGGUACAGAACUAAUUUUAAAACAUUUAGAUGAGGCCAUAAAAUUGCUAAAUGUAAGCCCUCUGGAGGAGUAUGCCGUAUCCGUGUGGUCUCUGUGCUUAGCGUUAUGGGGCGAUCAUGAGGAAUUAGAAGGCCGCGAUCCCACCAGUCAUUUUGUAGUGAUGUGUCGUCGCAGUUUGUUGUCCGAGUGGUUGGAAAAUACUUUAACUGAUAAAGAUUUAUUAACGAAAAAUGUGUCUCGCAAUACCUAUCUGGAUCAUUUGCUGGAAUUGGUAAUGUGUCAUAAAGUAACCGAAGCUUGCGAAUUGGCAUUUUCAUAUGACGAUGUUAACUUGUCAUUGCUGUUGUCUCAAUUGUCCUCUGGACCAAGAGUGCGACAAUUAGUUGAAGAUCAAUUGGCCGCAUGGCAUGCCGAUCAAGCUGAUGAGUUUAUACAAUUGGAACGUUUGAAAUUAUUUAUGCUAGUGGCUGGUGUUCCACUAAUGAGCUCAUUCAAUGGCGAUAUCAAUUGUUUGGAAGGAAUUGAAUGGAUUAAAGUUUUGGCGUUACAAUUGUGGUAUUUAAAUUCGCCUGUUUCAUCGAUAACCGAUGCUUUAAUAUCUUAUGACAAAUGUUUUCAAGCACAGGAAUUCUACUCUCAGCCGCCGAUACCCACUUAUAUGGAAGAGGACAGCCUGUUCAGUGAACAGCAACGAAAAUAUCAACCUGUUUAUGAUUUACGUUAUCAUUUAUUGCAACUGUUUUCCAAACGUAGUCAUCCUUUGGAAAGUCUAUUAAAUCCCGCUACUCAUACCCCCGACCCUAUGGAUUAUCGUUUAAGUUGGUUAUUAUUGCAAACAUUGGAAGCUUUGGGUUAUCAUCAUUGUUCUGAGCUGAGUGAAGCGCAAUUACACACAGGUUUUGCCAGCCAAUUGGAAAGUCACGAUUUAUGGGAAUGGUCCAUUUUUGUCUUGCUACAUAUUAAGGAUCGCAAUCAACGUGGAUUGGCUGUACAGAAUGUGCUCUAUCGUUACGUGAUGAUAAGCAAAGAUGUGCCACUUAGUGAAAAGGAAAAAUUUGUUAUUAACAACUUGGGCGUACCGGAGAAAUGGGUUGAUUACGCAAAGGCAGUGAAAGCGGGAUCUCUUGGCGCUUAUCAUCUGCAAGCGAAAUAUUUAUUAAAGGCUAAGCAAUGGUCUCUCGCCCAUGAAGUAAUAUUCCAGCGUAUUGUCCCAGACGCAAUUAUAAAUGACAAUCUGGAUUACCUACAUGGUUUAUUGUCGCAAUUUGAAAGUCCCGAUUUGCAUAAAAAUAUUAAAGUGCCCAAUUGGUCCAAACAAGGGCAAAUAUUUUUUGAUUUUAUAAAUAUUAAUGAAAAGUUUAAAAGCCUGAAAUCCUUAAAAUCUGAAGCCGAUAUUGAGGCGCAUUGGGAAAAUUUAAAACCUCAAUUAGCCGACUUAUGUUCGCGCAUUAAAUCAUUACCUUGUCCAACCACAAAACAUAGUUUAUGCCAAAGUGAAAUUGCCCAAAAUCUGGCCUGCUUAUUACGUGGCGUUUUGCUUGUAUGUCCCGUCUUAAAUCCAUGCAAUAUCAUUACGAUUGCUCUGGAACUUUUACCUUUGCCACAAGAAUUUGCUCAGCGGGAGCUGCGGCAUCUGCUCGAUACACUUGUUGAUGAUUUAAGUAAACCUGAAGUAAGCGGUAAUGACAACGCGAUGGCAAUAGAUUGAUAAGCCGAUAGCCUAAACUUUAAUAUGUGUUUUAUUUUUUAGUUCUAAGCAUAUCAUAAAUUUUCAGUUUUUGUUUAAAAAUAAUUUCUUAUGUAAUAAAGAUUAAUUUCCAAUACCAUAAAUAUCUAAAAAGAAAACGAUGAAGGAAGGAAACC